CAGGGCUGACAGACUGCUUCCACUAAACCAGAAACUCUCCACAUUAUAGAGCAAAAUCUGAAUUUACAAGCCACUUCACUGGAGCUGUCAGCAACACCGCAACAUUUCAAUGAAAGGAGAGAAAGAGAUGGCGACCAAAAUGGACCCAUCUAACGGUCCGAGCCGGCCACUGGAGAUUGUCCCGAACACGGAGGAGAAGAUGAUGGACCGAGGACAGUGGGGUAACAAGCUGGAGUUUGUGCUGUCAGUCGCUGGAGAGAUUAUCGGCCUGGGAAACGUCUGGCGCUUCCCGUAUCUCUGCUACAAGAACGGUGGAGGUGCGUUUUUCAUUCCAUACCUGAUCUUCCUCUUCACUUGCGGUAUUCCCGUGUUCUUUUUGGAGAUCGCUCUGGGUCAGUACACAAGUGAGGGAGGAGUCACCUGUUGGAGAAAGAUCAGCCCACUGUUUGAAGGUAUUGGAUACGCAACACAGGUCAUUGUGGCUCUGCUGAACUUCUAUUAUAUAAUAGUUCUGGCCUGGGGAAUAUUUUACCUGUCCAACUCUUUCUCCUGGAACCUCCCAUGGGCUUCUUGCAACAACACCUGGAAUACAGAUUCUUGUGUGGAGUUCCAAAGACGAAAUGGAUCCGUUGAACAAAACUACGUGGAAAACGCGACAUCACCCGUGAUUGAAUUUUGGGAACGAAGAGUUUUAAGGAUCUCCUCUGGAAUUGAUGAGAUUGGGACGUUACACUGGGAUCUGGUGCUCUGUCUGCUGUUGGCCUGGGUUUUGUGCUACUUCUGUAUCUGGAAGGGCGUGAAGUCCACCGGAAAGGUGGUGUACUUUACUGCAACUUUCCCGUAUGUGAUGCUGUUGAUUUUACUCAUCAGAGGGGUCACGCUGCCUGGAGCGUCCCGCGGGAUCCAGUUCUACCUUUAUCCCGAUCUGGGAAGGUUAGCUGAUCCACAGGUAUGGAUGGAUGCGGGCACACAGAUAUUUUUCUCGUAUGCCAUCUGUCUGGGGUGCCUUACCGCACUCGGCAGCUACAACAAAUACAACAACAACUGCUACAGGGAUUCUCUGGCCUUGUGUUUUCUCAACAGCGGAACCAGCUUUGUUGCUGGUUUUGCCAUCUUCUCAAUUCUCGGCUUCAUGUCUUACGAGCAAAAUGUUCCGAUUUCAGAAGUUGCCGAAUCAGGUCCUGGUUUGGCGUUCAUUGCAUACCCGCGGGCUGUGUCUAUGAUGCCCGUCUCACCGCUGUGGGCAUGCUUCUUCUUCAUAAUGAUUGUUCUGUUGGGAUUAGACAGCCAGUUUGUGUGUGUGGAGAGUUUGGUCACGGCUAUGGUGGACAUGUACCCGUCUGUGUUCCGCAGAAAGAACCGCAGAGAACUGCUCAUCCUCGCUGUGGCCGUCGUGUCCUUCCUCGUGGGUUUGAUUAUGCUCACAGAGGGUGGCAUGUAUGUCUUCCAGCUGUUUGAUUACUACGCAGCGAGUGGCAUGUGUUUGCUCUUUGUUGCCAUUUUUGAGACUGUCUGCAUUGCCUGGAUCUACGGUGCUAAUCGAUUCUAUGAUAACAUCGAGGACAUGAUCGGCUAUCGUCCUGGGCCGUAUAUUAAAUACUGCUGGAUGUUCUUCACCCCGGCCACAUGUUUUGGUACAUUUGCGUUCUCCCUGAUCAAAUACACUCCUCUGAAGUACAAUAAUGAGUAUGUGUACCCGUGGUGGGGUUACGCUCUUGGCUGGCUGCUCGCUCUCUCCUCGAUGGUCUGUAUCCCGCUGUGGGUCGUUUCUAAGCUGAGUACGGCCAAAGGUUCUCUCAGAGAGCGUUUCCAUGAGCUCACCAGACCCUCUCCUGACCUGGCCAAGACCAAACGCGAGCAGGAGAAACUUCAGGCCAUUUUUGCAGCCGAUGGCGACAGUCUUCGCCAGCGGAGUGCCCCGACCAAAGACGGGUACUUCCCCGUCAGUGAGAAGGAGUCACACUGUUAGCCCCGCCCC